UGAAUUAUAAAUUUUCAAAAAUUAUCCCAAAUUGAUGAUAGUUUCGACAUACUUUCAUUGAUUUAGAUGUAAUAAUAUUUAUGAACGCGUUUAUGCAUUUGUUUCUAUAUAUUCUACCGUUUUGAUGCAAUGUGCAUUGAAUAAAACAAAACUGAACGCAUGGCACGUUGCAAUAAUGUUGCUAUAUGUUACUUAAUGAAGCUGCAUUGGUAAAACAAUAUCAUUGUUUCUUCUUUUUAAUAUUAUUAUAUAAUAUUUUACUUAUAAUACUAUGUAAUUAAAAUACUGGUAUGAUAUAAUUAAUAUUUACUAUAGUACAUUGCAUUCAGAUGUAAAGUGCAGUUAUUAACUGAGUAUGCAUCAUUUUGCUUAGAUUUCAAUAUAUUGUAAAAUAUGUAUAUAAUAAUGUUCACAUAAGUUUAAUUUUAUUAAAUAUGCGAACAUUGAAAUAGAUUCAGUAUAUGCCUAUUGAAUAUAAAUAACUUAUAAAAUUAUAGUGUAUUUGUUUAAAUACAAUAAAAUUUAUAAAGUUGGAAAAUAGAAUUUUGUAAUUAAAGGAAUUAUUCAUUUUGUGAGGACGAACAUCAUUUAUAAUGCCACAAAAUGAAUAUAUUGAAAGGCACCGUAAAUUGUACGGUCGCCGAUUAGAUUAUGAAGAAAGGAAAAGGAAAAGAGAAGCUAGAGAACCUCAUAAACGAGCUGAACGUGCUCGUACUUUACGUGGCAUAAAAGCAAAAAUAUUUAAUAAAGAACGACGAAAUGAAAAGAUUCAAAUGAAAAAGAAAAUUAAAUCUCAUAUGGAGGAAAAGGUGAAGAAAGAUUCCAAUAGCAUGUCAGAUGGUGCAUUACCGGUAUACCUGUUAGAUCGUGAUAUUAAGAAAGAUGCCAAAGUAUUAUCAAAUAUGAUAAAACAGAAACGUAAAGAAAAAGUUGGCAAAUGGGAUGUUCCAAUUCCUAAAGUUAAAACACAAUCAGAAUCUGAAGUUUUCAAAAUAAUGAGAAGUGGAAAAACCAAACGUAAAUCAUGGAAAAGAAUGGUGACAAAAGUAACAUUUGUCGGUGAAAAUUUCACAAGAAAACCACCAAAAUUUGAAAGAUUCAUUAGACCAAUGGCAUUACGAUUUAAAAAAGCACAUGUAACACAUCCUGAAUUAAAAGCUACAUUUCAUGUACCAAUCAUUGGGGUAAAGAAAAAUCCGUCUUCAACUAUGUAUACAAACUUAGGCGUUAUAACCAAAGGAACAAUCAUAGAAGUAAAUAUUUCAGAAUUGGGAUUGGUAACGCAGUCUGGAAAAGUGGUUUGGGGAAAAUAUGCCCAAGUGACAAAUAAUCCUGAAAACGAUGGUUGCAUUAAUGCUGUAUUGCUUGUGUAAAAUAAUAUUAAUUAGAUUAUUUAUACUAAUGGAAAGACAUUUAUAAUAAAAACUACAUUUGGCCAUAAA